GCGAGCCGAUCACUGACUGCUGUGUUUUUGUAGGAGAUUUUAUAUGACAAAGGUUUUACAUCCAUGCGAGAGAUGUCUGUAAACAACACAAAAGGACCUUGUGAGGGCAACCUAAUCAAUCUAAAUUUUACGCACAGCUUUUUGCCGCCCGUCUUUAUCACCGUGUUCAUUGUCGGGACGGUGUCCAAUAUCUGUGGACUGAGAAGCGUAUGUGUGAGCUGGAAGAAAAACGGAAACAUCAACAUCUUCAUGUUCAAUCUCGGGGUGGCGGACCUGCUGUAUCUGUUUACCCUGCCGUUCCUCGUCUACUAUUACGCGCGUGAGAGUGACUGGCAGUUUGGCCAGCCUUUCUGCAAGGUGACGCGCUUCUGCUUCAACCUCAACCUUUAUGGCAGCAUCGGCUUCCUUACCUGCAUAAGCAUCUAUAGGUACCUGGGCAUUGUGCACCCGAUGAAAGUGAUGGGGAAAAUCACCAGUCGCCACUCUCUGGCCAUAAGCGCUCUGGUCUGGGUUUUGGUCAUUAUUCAAAUUACUCCUGAUAUAUUCUUUGACAAGAAUGAUGAAAAAAAACCAAACUCGUGUUUUGACACCACCUCAACCAACCUGACCAGAUACUACCUGCCAUACAGCAUCAGCUGGACGGUCACCGGGUUUGUCCUGCCUUUGGUCAUCAUUUUGGGCUGUUAUGGACACAUCGUGGUGGUUCUGGCAAAGAACGCCAAUGUCAACCCACUGCUGAAGCAGCGAUGUUUGAAACUGGUCGUGAUUCUGGUCAUACUUUUCUCCGUCUGUUUCAUUCCCUACCAUAUAUUUCGAAAUUUAAAUCUCACUACCAGGAUUUUGAAACAAGAUGGGCUUUGUCACCACCUGUUCGACGACAUCUACAUUGCACACCAGGUCGGCAGAUUCCUGGCUUGUCUAAACAGCGCGAUAAACCCGCUGAUUUAUAUAGUAGGAAAUGAUGAUUUCCUGACUAAGUUUCAAGACUUCAGUAAUCGGACCAGGAUGUCUCUUGCCGGACUCAAAAGCGCAAUUAUUUACCGCAAACCCAUAGAAGCGGACGUGGAUUUACCCGCAGACAUGUGCACCAGUUUCGACAAGAGGAGUGGAUAGGGCGCAGAAUCAGUUUACGCGAGUUGCUCGUCUAUACAUGUCACGCACCGCCAGCACUUCCACAGAUCCGUGAACAAAGUACGUGACUGCGACUGAUGAUUGUGCUUAAGGGAGGACUGGCGAGGGGUAGGUCACUGAGGUGUCAGUGCACAGAGAAAGUCAAGUGUCCGGAUGGUUCCCUGGAUGUUACCGAAAAGACUUAAAGCUGAAGCUCCAGCUCAUAUACCUCUAUUUCUGAACUGUUCCAAGUGUUAAGCAUUGUAACAACUUAUAUAUUUUUAUUUUCUGCGUAUUUAGUAAGCCUCAAAUCUUUCUUCUGUACAGUGCAGCAGGAAGUAUGCUGUUGACACUUAUUUGUGUUAUGUGCUACACUGCCCUACCUUUGGACUGUUAGAUGAAGCUUUGAUAUACUUCACCAUGAGUUGUAUUUUUCACCUCAACAUGUAACCGACUCAGACUCAAACCAUAAAAGGGAUUUUAACAGCACUUGUUUUAAGAGUCUGGCACAGCCUAAUUACUGCCGUUUGUUUAGAGAAAACGGACACAAUACAGCAACAGCUAUGUAUGAAACUGGAGUGGACAGUCUGAAGUAGAAAUACCACUAAAACUUUUCAAGUGCUCUCUUAUUUCUUCUUCUUUUUUUCUUUAACCUAAAUAAAAAAGUAAUAUCAUCAAAUGAAUCCGCGUGUCACAAAGGUGAAAUAAUCUAAUUAUAUCUCAUACAGAUGGGUAGCAAAGGCGAUGCACAUUAGGCGGAACCCUCACGCGGUUCCAUUGAAGUAUGCGUGUCAAACAUGCACAGUGGGAAU